UUAUGAAAUAAUUAUCUAAGAGAAUUGUACAGAACUGAUAUUAUUUAUAUAAUAAAUUAUAAUAUUACUGAAUUCUAAUUGCUAAUGAAUGACCUCUAGUUGUUAUUGUUUAAAAUGAGAUAAAUAUAACAAAUACCUACUGUGAAGCUCAAUUAAAAUCAUCUGAAGUUUAGCAGUAAUUUCGUCAAUUAGUUUGCGGUCUUUUUAAAUAAUUGUGAUAAAAUGGCACACGUAGUUGAUUUACGUUCAGACACAGUUACAAAACCAACUAAAGCUAUGAAACAUGCAAUGGUGAACUCUGCUUUGGGCGAUGAUGUUUACGGUGAAGAUCCGACAGUGAACGCCUUGGAGAAUAAAAUAGCUGCACUGCUGGGCAAGCAGGCCGCUUUGUUCGUACCGUCUGGAACUAUGGCUAAUCUUAUUGCCAUUAUGGUGCACUGUAACAAGCGUGGAUCUGAAGCAUUCGUCGGGGAUCUCUCACACAUUUAUAAAUAUGAAGUUGGAGGAGCAUCACAUUUAGCAGGAGUGAUGCUUUCGACCGUGGCCAAUAAACCUGAUGGCACUUUUGACCUGCAAGAGCUGGAGGAACGAAUUAGGGGCUCGAAUAUACAUGAACCAGUAACGGCUAUGGUUGCCGUCGAAAAUACCCAUAAUUACUGCGGAGGAAAGGUCCUGCCUUUGAAAUUUCUUGACGACGUCGGGGCCUUGUGCAAGAAACACUCUCUGGCGCUGCACAUGGACGGCGCGAGGCUGUUCAACGCGUGUGCGCACGCGCAGGAGGAGGCGGCGCGCGUGGUGCGGGACUGCGACUCCGUGUCCGUCUGCUUCAGCAAGGGACUGUCGGCCCCCGUCGGCUCCGCGCUCGUGGGGUCCUACCAUUUCAUCGAGCAAGCAGACAAUAACGUUGAAAUAGCUUGUUUGAUAUCACCAGGGUUAGGAUCCCGGCAGAGUUCGCCCGCGUCAUUGAGCUCUCCCGCGUCGAGCUGCAGGUCGCCCAUACCUGACGAGGACGUCGAGGUGGACGUGGAACAGUGUUCCGAUGGCGAGAGAGACGCGUCUGAUCACGCCGCACCCUCACCCGCCCCAUCUUCAGAAUUAGGCGAACGUGAUACCCCCUCACCGGCCAGACCGCUUCCUCCAGCCACAUCUUGCAAUUGCGAAGAACUUCUCUCCGUGGACUGUCAAUUGGAGACCAAAGAGCUUUGGGACAAGUUUCAUGACCUCGGUACAGAAAUGAUCAUCACCAAAACUGGCAGGUAAGAAUUCAAUAAAACUUCGCACCGAAAGAAAAAAACAUUUAUAAAACAGAUCGUAAUCUCGAAACGAACCUGUAAUGAAUUGCUCUGCUCAUCAAAGUAAUGUAAUCUUUCACUCCGUUGAGAUCGAGUCAAAAACAAAUUAAUUCAGUGUACAAUCAACCCCCAACAAACGGCUCAACGGAAUGGAUUCAUCAGCUAAAGUGGCCAAUUCCGGAAUAAUUACUUCGCGAACCCAGCCGUCCUUCAACCCUUUAACGAGAUAAAUUAAAAGUACAUUUUUUCCUAACCGUCGGCGUAAUGCAGGG